AUGGUCAAAAAAAGUCAAGAUGGAGGCUGUGCCCGAAGGAUCAAAGAUGCACCUUUUUAUUUGCCUCAGAAUCCAAUUUUAUCCCUGGAUUUGAUCCAUCUGCUGAUCGACAACUUCAGCGUCCCCGAAGCGUGUUUCUCCCACCCGCCUUUUGCGCUGCAGCUGCUGCGACAGCAGAACUUGGUGGACCUGGCCAUCAUCGGCAUGGCGACCUUCCUCACCCUCGUGUCCGUGGUCAUCUUCGUAGAGGACGCUCUCUAUCUCUCCAAGAAGAUCCGUUGCUUCGUCAAGAUGAAAACUCUCAUCUGGAGCAGCUCGGCACCCACAGCUGUCUCCGUCUUCUGCCUGCUUGGACUGUGGGUGCCCCGGGCCAUGACGUACGUGGAGAUGGGCAUCGGCGCAUAUUUCGCCGUCUGUUUUUACCUGACGAUGUUGAUCAUGGUGGAAGGCUUUGGAGGGAAGGAAGCUGUGCUCAAGGCCUUGAAGGACACCCCCAUGCUGAUCCGGACGGGGCCUUGCUGCUGUUGCUGUCCCUGUUGCCCCCCCAUCACCAUGACCAGACGGAAACUCCAAAUAAUGUUGCUAGGCGCCUUCCAGUACGCCUUCCUUAAAGUCUCCUGCAGUUUCCUGGGCCUCGUUUUAAGCACCGAAGGCUUGUACGACACGGCCGAUAUUUCAGCCACAAGUGUGGCGCUUUGGAUCAACACCUUCCUUGGCGUGUCCACCCUCUUUGCCCUCUGGUCGCUGGCCAUCCUCUUUCGGCAAGCCAAAUCUCACCUCGCAGAGCAGAACAUGACGGGCAAAUUCGUUUGCUUCCAGGUCCUCCUCAUUCUGGUGGCCUUGCAGCCGUCCAUCUUUAGCAUCUUGGCCAGCGGGGGUCAAAUCGCCUGCUCCCCACCGUUCUCCUCCAGAGCCCGAGGCCAGCAAAUGCACGCCCAGCUGUUGAUCUUGGAAACGUUUGUCCUUGCGGUGCUGGCCAGGAUGUAUUACCGGAAACCGGACGACAAGCCAGGAUGCUGCCUCUGCGAAUCUCCAGAGUACAAAGCCGAGAUCAAGCAAUAAAAGAGGGUCCGAGACCCAGCCCCCAACACACAAAACGCUUGUCAAAAAUGGCCAAAUCCCACCGUGCUGGUAGUCCUCAAUUUACGACCACCAUUCAGCCCCAAAAUGUAUGUCGCUGGGAAAUUUGUGAAGCGAGCAUUGUCCCGUUUUUACGGCUUAUCUUGCCACCGGUGUGAAGCGAAGGAUUGUUAAAUUACUCGUACGGUUGUUAAAUGAAUCUGGCGUCCCCCUUGAAGGUCGCAUAAGGGGGAUCACAUCACCCCGGGACACUGCAACCGUCAUAAAUGUGAGUCAGUUGACAACGAAUGUAAAUCACGUGACCACGGGGAUGCUGCAAGGGUCGUAAGUGUGAAAAACGGUUGUAAGUCACUUUUUUCAAGGCCGCUGUAACUUCAAACGGCCACUAAGCGAAGUGUUGUAAGUGGAGGACUACCUGUGUGUACGUUUCCACGAAGAGUUUUGCUGCUUGCUGGUGGCACGAGAGAGAGAGAAAAGCCAACCUUCGCAAAGUGACGUUUGGACUAUUGGCACAGGCACGCCUAUUGUUAAAAGUGCGCAAAGCUCGCCGAAUAAAUCUUCCGGUUUUAUUCUCA